CAAAUUUGACCAAAUUUUGGUUGAGAAAUUCUCGUUUUGAGUCUUUGACAAUAGAGUUCCGUUUCUCACUUCAUUCAAUUGGGUUUCAUGAAUGAUCUCUCUUGCCCAUUUGUCAAGCAUGCCCAACUUUCUCUUUUACCCAAUGACCUUACGUUUAAUCCCCUUUAUUUCCUUGCUGUUCAUCUUUCUUUCCUUUUUUUUUUUUUUUCAUUUGUACUUGUCUGGGGAAGUUGAAUUUGAAACUACCAAUGGUUGAAAUGGGUUCUCAAUUGGGUGUUUUUCUAAAUGUUUUUAUUUUGAUUGAAAAGUCAAACACCUGGUGGCCAAACCCUUUUACUUUCUUUUGACGCACUCCAACUGUUUGUGAAAAUGUUUGAACUAACUCCCCUGCAGGCGGAGGUGCUUCUGAGUUCUGAGGUAAUAAAUCCGUGUAGUGAAAGCUACCCAAAGCAUUUUUCUUUCUUUUGGGUGCGUUUUCAAGAUGAUUCUUUCUGGUCCCACUUUGUAAUUCUUUAAGAAUUCGAUCGGAUUGAUUAGAAUUAUCGUCGAGUAUCGUUUCAUUUCUUUUCAGACCGUCAGAUUUUCUUCCCCACGUAUCCGUUGCUCUGUUUCCCUCUCUGUCUUUCUCCCUUUCCUUUCAACUUUUUUAGUUAUUUCUUACUGUUUUACGAGACAGACCCAGUUCCUUCCGCGGCUUUUCCUUUUCUGAUACCAAGUUUGACAUGUUUCAUACUUGAAUGAACAAUUUUUUGGGGGUUAAGUUCCAGGGCUCAAUUGGGUCUUUCAGCUUUCUUUCAACUGAACUUUGUUGUUUUGCUAACUAUCCUUUAAAAUUCGUUUGUUUGUGUUUUUGUUGUUUCCCUUCUUUUUCUUUUUUCCCUUCAUUUUUUAUCCCUGCCAAUGGCGGAACUUCUAGAAUUCCGAGUCUUUGAUUUCCUUUUACAGUAUCUAUUGAACUGAGAUGAAUUUUGGAUUCCGGUCCGCUGAGAAUUACAGGGAUGGAAUCAUGCAAAAUCAUGCAUAUAUUUUCCUAGUUCUUUAACUUCAUUAGCUUGCUGUUUAAUUCAACUAAUUAUCUCUCUGAAGUUCUAAUCUAACUUUGCUUCAAAAACCUUUUGUUUUUUCUUAUUACUAUGUCUUAAAGAGUCUUCUUUAGUAUAAGAAAUGGGGUCCGGUAAUGAGUUAUGUUCACAAGAGUUUGAUUUGGAUGCUAAGUGGCUGGUUGAUCCGAAGCAAAUCUUGGUUGGGCCAAGGAUUGGGGAGGGCGCGCACGGCAAAGUGCACAAGGGGAACAUUCUUGGGGCUGUGGAUGGGAAUUGAAGAAUAUUCUUCAUUUCUCUGAUUUUGAAUACCGAUUGGGAUACGCUCUACGUAUAUGUACAUAGAUUUUCCAAUUACUUUAUUCAUACUUGGCAUAGAGUGAGGUAUUGAAGAUUAAAAAGGGUCCUGUUAGAGGUGAUAACAAACAGAAACAGGCUAUCAAUUGGGGAGAAAGUAAAAAAAACAUUGACCCUCUCAAGUAAGGGGUCGUUACUUUCUGAUGGGGUCUGUCUUAACUUGAAAUAAGCAUCGGUGGAUUCCACCUAUUUAAUAAAAAUAGAAGGAAACCACAUCAGAAAGGACGACCAAGGAGCAAGGAUGGAAAUUUUAUUCUUCUGGAUGGGAUAUAAAGACCAAAAUGUUGCAAUUAAAAUAAUUCGGAAAGGUGAAACCCCAGAAGAAAUUACGAAAACUGAGGCACGCUUUGCUCGGGAGGUCGCUAUGUUAUCCAAAGUUCAACACAAGAAUCUUGCAAAGUUUAUAGGUGCUUGCAAGGAGCCUAUUAUGGUGAUAGUAACUGAGCUUCUUUCAGGCGGAACAUUACGAAAGUACCUGUUGAGUAUAAGGCCAAGGUGCUUGGACUUCAGUGAGGCAGUUGGCUUUGCCUUAGAUAUUGCCCGUGCAAUGGAUUGCUUGCAUUCCCAUGGGAUCAUUCACCGUGACCUCAAACCUGAGAAUUUGAUCUUGACUGCAGACCACAAAACUGUUAAACUUGCUGAUUUUGGCCUUGCUAGAGAAGAGUCAGUAACAGAGAUGAUGACAGCUGAAACUGGGACUUACCGAUGGAUGGCUCCAGAGCUAUACAGUACAGUCACUUUACGAAAUGGAGAGAAGAAGCAUUACAAUCACAAGGUGGAUGUUUACAGCUUUGGAAUUGUAUUCUGGGAGCUUAUCCAAAACAAGUUGCCUUUUGAAGGCAUGUCAAAUCUGCAAGCCGCAUAUGCGGCUGCUUUUAAGAAUUUACGACCGAGUGCUGAGAACCUCCCAGCAGAUUUGGCACCAAUUGUGACUUCCUGUUGGAAAGAGGAUCCGAACGAUCGGCCUAACUUCAACCAAAUCAUACAGAUGCUCUUGAAAUGUCUAUCCACCAUUCCACAACCAGAAUAUGUUCCACCACCAACUAUGCACCCACCUGAUAAUGCAGUGCUGCCACCAGAGUCUCCUGGAACAAGUUCUUUGAUGGCAACCACAAGACGUGGCACUGGGGAAGUCAUGAACAGUGAACUAGGAGAGAAACCGACCGGUUUCUUCUCGUGUUUCGCUGGUAACUGUUACUGAUUCAUCCAGAAAACACAGAUUGGAGCUGGAGAUCCUUACAAACCUAACCACAAAUGUCAUGGAAAAAAAAUGGGAAAGAAAAAUCAUUUAUAGUUAAUUGAAGAAAAAUAGUGAUUCAGAUUUCAUUAGUAGUAUCUGUUUAAGCUGAUAAUAGGGACAUGGAGUUCGUAUAAGGGACUUAGAGAGAGUGUGGAGUUGGGGUUGCUGUGAUGUCAACUGUAAGAACAAAGAUUCAUCCAAAUGCCUUCUUCUCCUGCUUGUUCUUCUGUAUUGAGUUUUUAAAACUGAAACAUACAUAUUAUGAUGUGGCUAUUUUAUCUGGGUUUCAGCUGCAAAUGUCACAUAUAACAAAAAUUUUAUACCGUUAUUCAACUGAUGAAUAUAUACUUUAGUUUUGAAUA